CACGCGCGAGUGGACGUCUCUCUUACUGUUUGUCGAUCGGGCAUAAAUCCGUUCCAGCUACGUUCCAGCCUCCAGCUUAGCUGAGUGAAAACCGAAAGUGAUCCAUCCAUUCAUCAUCAUGUCUGUCGGCAACAGUUCCUCGCGUUUUAUGGCCUUCGUGGCCAUCUUCUUCAGCAGCUACAUCGUGGGCAUUUACAGUGCGGCACGGGCCUCCAGUAGCCUGCUUGUAACUCCGGAUCCAAGUGUUAAUCAGACCCUGAAUGAUACUAUCCUUGAGGAGGUGGAAGAAGUCUCCUCCUCCAGUGGCCUGGCCCGCAGUGGCUCUCGACAUCCUCGCUGGUUUCCGUUCUACACCAUUGGCCGUUUCUCCAACGAUAUUUGCACGGGCAACAACCUGCUCCUAGGCACCUGCGUAAUCAACGGUGAAUGCACGGACAACAGCGGUGUGGCGGCGGGCAGUUGCUCCUCCAUUACAGCCCAGGCCAUCUGCUGCAUUUAUCAAAGGACUUGUGGAGCGAGUACGUCCUACAACAACACCUACUUCUACAACAGCAACUAUCCGGCUCCAUAUGCGGGCGGUGGACGCUGCUCCAUUGUGGUCACGCCGCCGGAUUCGAGCAUUUGCCAGCUGCGCGUGGACUUCCUUUCCCUAUCGCUAGCUCCGCCCUCGGGCGAUGGAUCCUGCAGUACCGAUGCCUUGACCAUUACCGGAGGAGCCUCGCAGGUGCCCAGCAUCUGUGGCGAGAACUCUGGCCAGCAUGUGUAUGUGGAUUUUAAUGGCGUCAGUCCCAUCACCAUUUCGGUGGCCACUUCCUCGGGCUAUACCUUCAACCGCAACUGGCAGUUCCAGAUACGCAUGCUGGGCUGCACGUCGGCCACCUUGGCCCCCGCCGGAUGCCUGCAAUAUUAUAUGCCCAGCAGUGGCACCCUCGCCAGCUUCAACUACGUUUCAGCCGCCUCCUCCGCCCUUAACUCUAUUGGAGUCCAGGGAACCAGACAGCUGGCAAAUACCAAGUAUGGGAUCUGCAUCCGCAAGGCAGCCGGCAUGUGCUCCAUCACCUACAGCCAGGUCAGCUCCGAUACGUAUUCCUUUACGCUGACAAACGAUGUGGGAGCCGUGGAUCCGGCGCUGCUGGCCACGUCUUCGGUGCAGAGUCAAGAGUGCACCACGGAUUAUAUCGUCAUACCGGCGCCCACGCAGGGAGGUGUCUCGCUAUCUAGCGAUCGUUUUUGUGGCCUGGGCCUGGUGUCCACGACAAGUGCGGCAAAGCCCUUCGUGGUGUAUACAGUCACGGACGGCAAUGAGGAUCUGGACAUAUCGAAUCGGGGAUUCUAUCUGUCUUACUCACAGAACGCGUGUCCAAUUCUGUAAUUUUGGGGGAAA